CGCCCCGCACCGCCCCGCACCGCCCCCGCGCACCGACACCUCACCGGCACCCCGGCUCGGCCCUGCGGAGCUCCGGAGCAGCCGGCACCAUCCCGCGCCCCGUCCCCCCACCAUGAGCAACCUCAACAAGGACACCGAGCACACCAACGGCGGCGGCAACGUCGAGGAGGAGGUACGGACGCUGUUUGUCAGUGGCCUUCCUGUGGAUAUCAAGCCCAGAGAGCUCUACCUACUCUUCCGACCAUUCAAGGGUUAUGAAGGGUCACUGAUCAAGCUGACUUCAAAGCAGCCAGUUGGUUUUGUGACCUUUGACAGCCGGGCUGGUGCUGAAGCAGCGAAGAACGCCUUGAAUGGCAUCCGCUUCGACCCUGAGAACCCCCAGACUUUGCGGUUAGAGUUUGCUAAAGCCAACACAAAGAUGGCCAAGAGCAAGCUGAUGGCCACACCAAACCCCACCAAUAUCCACCCUGCCUUGGGUGCACACUUCAUUGCACGGGACCCCUAUGACCUGACUGGAGCAGCUCUGAUCCCAGCGUCUCCCGAGGCGUGGGCUCCCUACCCCCUGUACACCACGGAGCUCACCCCUGCCAUCCCCCACGCCGCCUUCACGUACCCAGCGGCCGCUGCUGCGGCCGCUGCUCUUCACGCUCAGAUGCGCUGGUAUCCUCCCUCUGAAGCUACCCAGCAAGGAUGGAAGUCUCGUCAGUUUUGUUAGUUCGUUAUGUCUCUCCUCGACUCGUGUUCCUCCCACCUGCCUCUCCGCGGAGGGAUGUGCCAGGGACGAUCGCUCCAACUCCUCUCAGUCUGGUUUGCGGCCAGCGGACAAGGCGCCUGGGCCCGCCACUCUCCCUCCAGACUGUGGGGCACCCCUUUCCCCGGACUGUGAAGUCGCCGUGGCCCCAGCCGUGGGGCUGUGCGCCGCCUCCAUCCCUCUCCCUCCAUCCUUCCCUCGGUCCAUCCCCAGGACAUCCUCCCUGACUGAGCUUCGCUGGCCGGCUGCUAGCCGAAACCCAGCCUGGGGGGCUCGGUCCUGGGCUUCCCCAGGCUCGCCCUGCCCUGGGGGGCUGCUCGGCUGAAGGAAUUGAAAGGCAAAAUGGGUUUUGCAUGUUUUCUGGCAUGAAUUAAAACACUUAACUUGU